AUGUCAAUUGCGACUUCAUACAACUCUUUGGCUAGAAAAGCAAACAGAAAUUUUUCUAUCUACAUUGAAUCAAGACCAAAGGUAUUAGUCAAAGCAAAUCCUGGAGUUGGUAACCAUGAUGGUUUGACGUUGAAAACCCAAGUUGGAGAUCAACCACCAAAUGAUAUUUUCCCACAAACCUUUGGGGAAGGGUAA